AUGGAUGUAAAAAAUUUAAGAAGUGAAUAUAUUCUAGAAGAGGAGAAUAACGUUUUUGAAGAUUAUAAAUCAUAUAUAAGUGAUAGUGUUGAGAAUAAAAGUAUAGAUUUUAAAAAUGAUUUAUCUUCAAGUUGUAGCAAUAAUAUUAACGAAGAAUAUGAUAAAAAAGAGGAGGAAGCAGAAGAAGGAUUAAAAGGGAAUGUUUAUGAAAAUAAGAAUGAAGAUAAAAAAGAAGAAAAAAUACAUGAUAGAACCAAUGAACAAUGUGAUAAUAUAAACGUAAACAAAAUAAAAACAACUAACUUAAUAAAUUUAAAAGUGGAAGAUAAUAAGUUACAAGAAGGAAAUUAUAAUGAUGAUAAUAAUAAAAAAAAUAAAAAUACAACAAGUAAUAAAAUGUUACAAGAUUUAGAAGAUAAAAGUUAUUCAAUAAAAGAAAAAAUGAAAGAAGAUCCUUGUUAUGUACCUAAGGAAUCUGGAUAUUUUUUACAUGAUAAUAGAUUUGAAAAUAAUGAAAAAAAGUUAUAUGAUAAAAAAGUAAAAAAUUAUAAAAAUCAGUAUACAGAAGAAAAAAGAUGGAAACAUGAUUUAUUUUAUGAUUAUAAGUAUGAUGAAUAUGUAAAAAGGGAUAAUAAAAACCAUAAUAAAACAUAUUAUAAUUAUAAUAAUAAAUAUUAUGUAUCCAAAAAUAAACAUGAUAACAAUAAAAAAAAUGAUUAUAAUUUUUCAUAUAAAAAUUAUAAAGAACGUUAUUAUUAUGAUAAAGGUAAUAGAAUAAAACAUAAUAAUUCUAUAUCAUAUUAUAAACAUUAUAAUGAUAUAAGAACAAAACUAGAAAUAAAAAGAGAAACAAAUAUUAAAAAUGAAAAUGAUAAUAAAAAUGAAAAAGUUCAUUUUUUAUCUGUGGAUAAUAAAACAAAUAAUAAUACACAAAAGAGGAAACAUUUAAAGGAAACCUUAUUAAAAAAGCAUGACGACCACAUUGAAAAAAUUACGGAAAAAGAGAAUCAAAAUAAAAGUACAUCCAGCAAAAAAGAAAAACAAAUAAUUUUAAAUGGAGACAUAGUUAUCGAAACAAAAAAUGAAGAAGAAUAUGAAAAUAUAAAAAAAGGAGAAGAGAAAUGUAUAAAAAAUAAUAUAAUACAUGAGCAGGAAGAAAAAAAUAUAAAUGAUGUAUCAAGUAAAAAUAUGGUAGCUAGUAUAAAAGAUGUACCAACCAAUGAAAAUCAUGAACAAAAAAAAAAUGAGGAAUCAAAUAAAAAUGGUACAAAUUAUAAAACAAAAAAAUUGUUAAACGAGAAAAAUAAAGAAGAAGAAAUAUAUAAAAAUAAUAACAGAGAAAAUCAUAAAAAUUUUGGGAACUCAUAUAAAUCUCAAAAUUACUACAAUAAUAAUUCCUUGAAUGAUAAAUAUACAUCAUAUAAAAUUGAUGGCACUAGAUUUGUAUAUUUAAAAGAUGAACCCAAUCAUUCUAAUAAAUUGUUAUAUAAUAAGGUCACUUUGAAAAAACAUUAUACAUAUGAAGAUAAUUAUAAUAACAAAAAAAAAUUGUAUGCAUAUCAUACUUUUAACGGAUCAGAACAAACGAGAAGGAAAGGCUAUUCAAUUAACAAAAAUAAGGAAAACUCAAAAAAUUUGGAUUAUAAAAGAAUGCAUACUAGAGAUAAUAACAUUACUAAUAAUUAUUCAAAUAAAAUUUAUAGUAGAUCAAAUAAACUUUAUGGAGCAAUUGGGUCUAAGGACACAAAGAAAUAUAGGUCUUCAUCGAGAAAUUAUAGAAAUGAUAAGUAUAUCUUAAGAAAGGAAAGUUAUAAAAAGGAAUAUAAUAAUAUAUAUGAUGAAGAGGAUAAUAAAAGUGAUAAAUAUAGAAAUGAUCGUGAUGUAAGGGAUAGAAGAAAAGGUUUUAGAAAUGUAGAUCGAGAAAAGGCACAUAUAUACAAAAAUGAAGACAAAAAUGAACAUAUAAGGGAAGGCGGAAAUGAACAGAAAAGGGAAGAUAAAUAUGAUCGUAAGAGGGAAGAUAAUUAUGAUCGUAAGAGGGACGAUAAUUAUAAUCGUAAGAGGGAUGAUAAAUAUGAUCGCAAGAAGGACGAUAAUUAUAAUCGUAAGAGGGAUGAUAAAUAUGAUCGCAAGAAGGAUGAUAAAUAUGAUCGUAAGAAGGAAGAUAAAUAUGAUCGCAAGAAGGAUGAUAAAUAUGAUUAUAAUAAGGACGAUAAAUAUGAUUAUAAAAAGAACGAUAAGUAUUAUCAUAAAAAGGACGAUAAAUAUGAUCAUAAAAAAGGCGACAAAUAUGAACAUAAAGUAGAAGAUAUAAAUGAACAUAAAGUAGAAGAUAUAAGUGAACAUAAAGUAGAAGAUAUAAAUGAACAUAAAGUAGAAGAUAUAAAUGAACAUAAAGUAGACGAUAUAAAUGAAAAUAAAGGAAAAGAUAUAAAUGAACACAAAGUAGAAUAUAUAAAUGAACAUAAAGUAGACGAUAUAAAUGAAAAUAAAGGAAAAGAUAUAAAUGAACAUAAAGGAAAAGAUACAAAUGAACAUAAAGGAAAAGAUACAAAUGAACAUAAAGGAAAAGAUACAAAUGAACAUAAAAGAAAAGAUACAAAUGAACAUAAAGGAAAAGAUACAAAUGAACAUAAAAGAAAAGAUACAAAUGAACAUAAAGGAAAAGAUACAAAUGAACAUAAAGGAAAUGAUACAAAUGAACAUGAUAUAGACCAUAAAAAAGAACUUCAAAAUGAGAGCAGAAAUCAUAAUAGAGAUGAACGAAGAACAGAAAAUAUUGAUGAACAUAAAAACGAUAAUAGAAAUGGAUAUAAAAUAAAAAAUAACCAUUAUAACAAAAAGGAUAGUGAUAGUAAUAUAUUUAUGAAGAAAGGAAAUAUGUACAAUACACGGUAUAACAGAUAUACAGAAAAUAGUUCAGAGAAAGAAAAAAUUGAAAAAAACAAUAGAAAUGAAUUAGAUAAGUAUAGUAAUUCUAGAAACACUUCAAAGAAAUAUUUCAACAAAUCAAAAGAUAAUAAGUAUUACCAUAAUAAUAAAUAUGUAAACAAUAAUACAGAUAUACAUAAAAAUUAUAGAACAAAUAAAAACAGUAAGGAAAAUUAUUAUAAUGAAAAAGAUGAAAAUAGGAAUAAUAUAAUAGGAACAGAUGAGAAAGAUAAUAAAGAUUUAAAUGAUAUAAAUGAUUCAAAUAUUCGUAAUAAUAUAAAUAAGAAAAAUGAAAAAAAUAAUAUAAAAAAUGGAAAAAUGAAUAAAGCAUUUUAUAAUAAUGAUGUUAAUAUAGAUAAUAUGGGAAAUAUUAACAAUAAGGAAAACAAUGACCUUAUGGAUAAAAAUAAAAAUGGUGAUAAUAAAAAUAUUAAUAAGGAUACUAUGAAAGAGAAAAGCUAUAAUGAAAAAUUAUCAAAUGGUAUGCAUGCAACUAUGAAUGGUGAUAUAAAUAAUAAAAAUAAUAGGAAUUACACUUUACAAAAUAAGAACAAUGCGACAGAUUUUAUUGAUGCUAAAAACGAUAACAAUAAUAAUAUGGUGGUGAUGAAAGACGAUGUAAAUAAUUCUUAUUCAAAACAGUAUUCAUUUAAAGGAUCAUGUACACAUAUGAAAAAAAAAAAUCCCAAAGAGGAUAUGUUUAAUGAUGCAUUAAAUAAUAAUAUGUAUGAAUAUAAAAAUAAUAUGAAUUAUAAUAAAAUUUUUGAUUAUAAUAACAUAACAAAUAUGAACCAUCACAAUCAACACCAACAUCAACAUCAACAUCAACAUCAACAUCUUCACCCACACCAACAUCAUCAUCAUCAUCAACAACAACAACAACAACAACAACAACAACAACAACAAACACAUCAUCAUCCUCACACACAUACUCAUCAAAUGUAUCAUGAUAAUAGAAAGAAUACUUCCAUAAAUAAUGACAAAAAUAAUUAUACCAAUGAGAAAGUUUGUUGUAAUUAUUUAAAUAAUAAUGUCUAUAAUAAUUAUUGUUAUGAUAAUAAUUUUAUGGAUAAUAAUAAUUAUUAUUUUGAUGAUAAUAUGUACCAAAGAAAUAAUAAUAAUUACAUAAAUGAAAAUCAUGCUUUUUAUAACGAUAAUCGAUACAUUAAUCAUAUGAAUGGUCAUUUCAUUAAUGCUAAUUAUAUGAACAAUAAUUACAUAAAUGAAAGAAAUUAUUUAAAUGUUCCUCCUCAUAAUUAUAUGAAUGAACCAAAUUAUAUGAACGACCAUAAUUUUGUAAACGAUCACACAUAUCAAGCUGAUGGUAAUUUUAUAGCCAAUAAUUAUAUAAAUGAAAAUACUGCAUAUAUUAAUGAAAAUUAUAUACACGACGCAACAUAUAUUAGUAAUAAUUAUAUGAAUGGUACAAAUAAUUAUUUCUAUGAAAAUAUGUAUCCAUCAUAUGAGAAUGAAAAUUAUUAUUAUGCCGAUAAUAAAUUUAGUAAACAAUAA